UCGGUCUAUCUCUGUCUUCACGCUAAUUCUGUGUUCUUUCUUUCAUCAUCUCCGUCUCUUUCGGUUGAUUCGCUUGACACUUUCCUGAUCUAUCUAUCUAUCUUUACCUUAAAAUCAGUAAUCAGUGUAUCUGAGGUUUGUGUUAGAGAUGUAUCCCUGUGGUUACGUUGCUGAAGUCACCAACUUGUCUCCUCGAGCCACUGAGAAAGAUGUUCAGAGUUUCUUCUCUCAUUGUGGAAUCGUCGAGCUCGUCGAGAUCACUGGAUGCCAAGGAGAUGAUGCGUUAACGGCUUAUGUAACGUUCAGAGAUGCGUAUGCUCUAGAUAUGGCCUUGUUACUUACCGGAGCUACGAUCGUUGAUCAAACCGUGUGGAUAUCCAUGUACGGUGUCUAUCUACACGAAUCUAACAAUCUCACACGAGAAGGAGAUUAUACUUUAACGGUGACUCAAAGCCACGCGGACGCAUUUGCUUCAUCGCCUGGAGAAGCAGUAACCAUUGCUCAACAAGUCGUCAAGACAAUGAUAUCUAAAGGCUACGUCCUAAGCAAAGAUGCCAUCGGUAAAGCCAAAGCUUUGGACGAGUCUCAGGGAUUCUCAAGCUUGGUAGCCAACAAAUUGGCUGAGAUCGGUCGUUACACUGGCCUCACACAGAACAUUCAGUCGAGCAUGGAAGUCGUGAGAUCAGCGGACGACAAGUAUCAUUUCUCGGAUUUCACAAAAUCCGCGGUUCUUGUCACGGGAACGGCUGCUGUGGCUGCAGCCACCAUUACCGGUAAAGUGGCUGCUUCUGCCGCGACCACUGUUGUCAACAGUCGAUACUUCGCUAAUGGGGCUUUAUGGUUCUCAGAUGCUUUGGGCCGGGCUGCAAAAGCGGCGGCCCAUAUGGGUGGUGGUGGGAGCAGUUGAUCAUGUAUUGUGUCAUAAUAUGAACUAAAGUUUAAACUUUUAAGCCAUGAAGAUGUUGGGAAUAAAAGAACAUAAAUGUAUAAUUACUACCAUUACAUGAUUUUCCCUGUAUGUUAUAUGAGAAAUUGUAAGAGUUUAUACAUGAAGGGGAACAUAUAUGAGUAAAUA